UCAAGCCGGAGGAUUUAAAAAGAGGUAAUUUAAUUGUUUCUAUUGUUCGCAUGUUUCUUCUAAUUACCGACCUGGGUCUUUUAAGGUUUUUACGGAAUUUCCUUCAAAGGGAGUUGUGAAUGAGUGAGGUACCGUGUGUGAUUCAGAGACUGAAAAGAAGCCGCUUUGGUGCUUCUUCAGGAAUCGAACCAGAUACCGAGCGUGCAGGGAACUCGGAGAGGUGUGACUGUCUGUGAGUGUGAGAUAGCCAGUGUUGUCGCCUGGUUUCAGGGCGGGGCGCGGUAUGAGAGUUGUAUCUGACAGCAGAUUUCGGUUUUCUGCUGAAGAGAUAAAGACGUUGCUCAUCAUUUCAUCAUGCCUAAGACAAAGAGUUUCGUUUGGAAUCAUUUUGAAAAAUUACAUGACAAAGCCACGAAAUGCAAAAUUUGCAACGCUAUAUUGGCGUACCAUGAUUCACCUGGGAGUAUGAGUAAUCAUCUGACCCAUAAGCAUCCCACGGUAUCACGGAGUACGACUAGCCAGAAGUCCAACAGUCCUCGUGAUUCCACAGCAUCACGAAGUACGACUAGCCAGAAGUCCCUCAUUCCUCAUCAUUUCAUCAUGCCGAAGGCAAAGAGUUUCGUGUGGAAUCACUUCGAGAAAUUAAAUGACAAAGAAACGAAAUGCAAGAUUUGCAACACUAUAUUAGCGUACCACCAUUCAACGGGAAGUAUGAUUUCUCAUAUAAACUUCAAGCAUCCCAAUGUAUCACGAAGCACGACUGGCCCAAGGUCCCACCAAGAUAAGAUGCCCACUUCAAUGAGAAAGGAGACGGGCAGCCCUCCGCGAUCAUCCAAAAUAACGAAGCUGAUAGCGUCGAUGAUUGGAGAAGUCAACCUGCCGAUAAGUAUGGUAGAGGAGCCAAGUUUUAGAGAGCUUCUUCGUUACAUUGAACCAGAGUACACGGCUCCUAGUCAGAAGUCAAUGACUUCACAACUCCGCCUUUUGUAUGACACAAAAAAGGCAAAUAUUAAGGCGGAUUUGACCAAUGCAGCUUCGGUUGCUGUGACAAUCGACAGUUGGACAUCGCGCACCCAAGAGGGGUACAUGACACUCACAGCUCACAUGGUCGAUGAGCAAUGGCAAAGCCACGCGUUGGUACUCGAGACAUCACCCGUAGUAGCCGUCGACGACGAAGGCAGCACCAUCCCUGAUCGUCACAUCAAGGUCAUGCUUGCCGACCAGCUGAGGCGAGUCGUUGAGGACUGGGGGCUACUGGAGAAAGUUUCAGCCGUCGUUCACGACAACGGGACAAACAUGAAAGACAUCGGGAUGGAUGCAUUGUUGGUCAUCGAUGUCGGAUGUGCAGCCCAUACGCUGCAAUUGGCGGUAAAUCGAGGAAUAGAGAGCAGUUUUCAAAUCUCAACUAUGAUCAGAGCUGCCAAUCGACUUGUAUGUCAUUUUAAGCACAGCGCCAUUGCUGCAAAGGCUCUAGAAAUGAAGCAAGACUCGAAGGGGCAACAAAAGAAAAAGCUUGUCUCUUCCGUGGCGACCCGCUGGAACUCGGUACUGGACAUGCUAGAGCGGUUGAUCGAGGUUCGUUGGUCCAUCUCUUGCGUCUUAAGCGACCGGAACGUUACGACACUGGCAGAGGCAACCGACCUUGAAAUGACGGCCAACCAGUGGUCCCUGGCCGAGACGUUUAUUCCCUGCCUGAAGCCACUAAAGGUUGCAGCUGCUGUCCUUUCUGCUGAGGAAAAUUUGAGCUGUUCCGUUGUCCACCCCAUCAUAUCUGGGUUGCUCCAGAACCACCUCGUGGUCAAUAUGGAUGACGGAGAAGUCAUCCGCAACUUCAAGGACAUGACGCGGGACCAGCUGGAGAGCUUGUUCCGUCAGCCCGAUUACCAUGUUCGAACGGCAGCCAUGGGCGCCGCAGUCGACCCACGCUACAAAGACCUGAACUUCCUCCAUCUGGCUGACAAAGAAAAAAUCAGAACCGAAUUACUCCGAUGUCUCGAGGCUCUCCAGGAGGUCCGUGACAAUGCCGAGCCUGAUGUAGAUGACGAGGAUGCCGCCGAUCCCGAACUAGGUAUCGACUUCUUGAUGGGCACGACUGCCGGUCCAGCGAGGGAGAGAUCCGCGGACGAGGAAUACGACGAGUUUCUUUCUCAAAUGCCAGUCCAGCUAACGGUCAAUCCACUCACCUGGUGGCAAGGAAAUUAUGGGAGGUUUCCGCUGUUGCAACAACUUGCCAGAAAGUACCUGGCCAUCCCUGCCACGUCUGUGCCAUCGGAAAGAGUCUUUUCAGCAGCGGGCAGCAUCGUCACCGCUAAGCGGAGCUGCUUGCUGCCAGAAAAUCUCGACAUGCUGAUUUUUUUGAGCGAGAAUAAAUAGAGAACGAGAGACUUGUGCAUGGUUUCAUCAUGUCAAUCAUCGUGCAGGGAUGCCAAUUGUUCUGUUUUUGCCGUAUUUGUUCCGUUUUUUUGCUGACUUUUUUUUUCUUUGGUAAUAACAUGAGCUGUAAAUGUAUAUGAGCAUUUGUCUACAUCAAUAACCCACUUCUUG